UUGUAUGAAUUUCUAUCGUUAACUUGUAACAUCGCUAAUAUUGUAUGUAAAUAUUCCUGCCCACAACAUCGUAUUUAAUUAACCAUGGCAUGACCAACUCUACAUUCACGGUGGAAUGCAAGAAUGACCAUUUUUGAUUGACAGAAAAAACAUAGUGUGAAGUAAUGCAAUGCAAGAAAUACAAACAAUACACACGCAUCCUGGCAUUUGACCGCAUUUGCUUAUGAAAUCCAAUCAAUAACUGGAAAGAUUAAUAUCAAGCAUCACCCAAUACGAAGCAAAAUGUGAACCGUGCAAAAGAAAGUGCUUAAGGCUGUUUGAUUUGUGGCAAGUCACAUGUGACAAGAAACAAUACUGUGCGGCUAAUGGAUGGACGCCCCUAAGAGCUUCCUGUUGUGAGUCAACAUUUCCAUCAUCCACUGUGCUUCCAUGCGAAAAUGGAUGUGACUCCACCGCCCUGCCUGGCUUGUUUACACAAUUUCUCCAAAAGGAGUAUGGAUGUGGGGGCUGCUUUUGUUUAUGAAUGGCCAGACUUUGGACACCCCGGCUCUAAAGAGGUUACACAGGUCUGCAAGCAAAAUGCUUCCGGAACAAAAGUAGUGACAUUUUUCUUGGUUUAGGUCACUAAUGAAGAAAAAGUUAAGACCAGUGAAUUUCUAACGCCGCCGCAACCUGCUUAUGGAUCCCAACCAUCCAACUGCUCGAGUGGCCUGAAGGGAGUGAUCAACAGGCACGCGAGUUGACCACUGAAGAUGCCAGUAUGCCUCACCGCCCUCCCUCCCCGCAACCUCCAGCUCCAGACCCCAGUCACCAACACCUUGCUGGCCGGACUCUCCUGAGACCAGGGAUCAAAAAGGUGGACAUGCUAAGAGGAGGGCAUGGAUGACAAGAUUGGGGAUAAUUGCGAUGAUGGGUUUCAACAACGAUGUUAACCAAAGCGAGAGCAGGGAUCCCCAGCUUGGAUGUGUCUAAGAGGCUUAGCAGAUAAAGCUGUACGUGAUUGGUCAGUGUGUGGUGCAGUGUGCGUCGACACCAAGCCGAUGGGAGAGGGAGGAGUUACAUGCAAAAGGAAGCUGGGAAGGACCGCAAUGGUGGCAGCACUCAUGCCGCCCCUGACCAUGAUGUGACCACCACCACGCUUGACUGUAGGACGAAUGUCAUAGGAUGAACACUGCUAGUGGGGUGCAUCUGUCUGUGCUGUCCUCUCUCUUGGCUGCGCUCGGGGCCCUGGCUGCUGUGUCCCUCGCUCUGGCUCCUCUCUCCGCCCUGGCCAAGGUUGCCUAUGGGGCUGCCGACAUCAUCCCCAGCGCCGGGGUAACGGGAGCCCCGUCACCUACACCGUGCUCCAGCCUGGUAGCUGGGGUGCUCUAUGGCUCUUUCUCUCUAAGGGAGCUUUUCCCCUCCAGGGCUCCAGGUUGUUCCUGGUCCCUGGAAAACCCGGAUCCCACCAAGUAUUCCCUCUACCUUCGGUUCAACCGCCACCCUUCCAUCUGCCGGACACACUCCCCCAUGCUGCUUUCCCUUGAUCACCACCUGGCUAAUCAAAGCUGUCCGCUACACUUGGAGGCGGCCUCGGCUCGGGAUCAGGAGGUCGUUGAUCUCUGCAGAAGCCAAUCCAACGCGGAUGCUCCUUACUCCUUCCUGCAGUUUGAUAAGAACUUUGUCCAGCUAUGUCUCACCAGACAUCCGCCCGCAGACAAGCCUCAGGUAUCCAAGGAUUUACUGGAGAUGAGACUAGUCGAGGUGUUGCUCAUCAACAAUGAGAACUCCAGUCAGUUCACCUGCGGCGUGCUCUGUCGAUGGUUUGAGGAGUGUUUUCGAACAGGAGACCUCAGAGACGGGGAUGUUUUGACCCGAGACGGUUGUGGGUUGACCCAAACAGGCUGCAUAUGUCCAAAUCAUAAUAUUAUGCCACCGUCCAUCCCACUGCUACCUGAGACACCUCACAGUUUCAGUAAUGGAUCAAUGGUUCCGGAUGAUUGCUGCGUCACCGAGCUGCAUUCCAACGAUGCGAUCGCCAUAGCACCCAGAGACGUCAGAGAAGAGCCAUAUGAUGAUGAUGACCUGAAGGUGAAGACGCAAAGACCAAGAUCAGCUGACCAGCCAGGUGUGUUUCAGGCACAAACAGGCGACCCUGCAGCAGAAGAGUGGUCCCAGUGGAGCGUGUGUUCUCUCACAUGUGGGCACGGCUGGCAAGUCAGGACGCGCUCGUGUGUUUCGUCUCCUUACGGGACACUGUGCAGCGGUGCCCUGCGAGAGACACGCAUGUGCAACAAUACAGCUUCCUGUCCGGGUGAACCGGGGAUCAUAAGCUCAGUGCAUGGGCUGUGGGACGAGUGGUCAUCAUGGAGUCUGUGCUCUGUGACCUGUGGGCGGGGCUCCAGGACUCGAACCAGGAAGUGUGUGAACGAAGGUGGGGCGGUGCCUUGCGGAUGGCCUGAGACACAGACCAAACUCUGCAACAUAGCAGUUUGUCCUGUGGAGGGCAAGUGGUUGGAGUGGGGUCCGUGGUCAAGAUGCAGCGUUUCCUGCAACACGGGGACCCAACAGCGGCAGAGACGCUGCAGCGCAUCCGUGCACGGCUGGGCUGAGUGUAAGGGCCCCCAUCAGGAGAGCAAAGAGUGCACAAACCCUUCAUGCACUGGAGGGGGUAACUGGGGCAGUUGGAACCCUUGGAGCAUCUGCAGCAAGACAUGUGACUCUGGAUGGCAGCGGCGCUCCAGGGUGUGCGAGGGCAACGGGGCACAGGGGUACCCCUGCGAGGGCUCGGCAGAAGAGGUUCGCUCCUGUAACGAGAAGAAAUGCCCUGCUCCUCAUGAGAUCUGUAAAGAAGAAAACCUCCUAACCAUGUCGUGGAAGAAAGCCUCUGCUGGAGAAACUGUUUACAACAAGUGUCCAACAAAUGCUACUGGAUCUGCUAGUCGUCGUUGCAUGCUGGAUAAUAAUGGAGUUGCUUUCUGGGGUCCUCCGAGCUUCGCCAGAUGCGUCUCACUUGAAUAUAGAUAUUUGCAUAUAUCUUUACGAGAGCAUCUCGCGAAGGGUCAGAGGACCCUGGCUGGGGAGGGCAUGUCUCAGAUCGUAAGAAGUCUCCUGGAGCUCUUGCAGAGGAGGAGCUACUACAGUGGCGACCUUCUCUUUUCCACGGAGAUCUUGCGAAAUGUGACGGACACCUUCAAAAGAGCAACCUACAUCCCAGCUCCUGACGACGUGCAGAAAUUCUUCCAGAUAAUCAGCCACAUGUUGGACAUGGAAAACCUCGAUAAGUGGGAGGAUGUGCAUCAGGUCACUCCCGGUGCUGCGUUGUUGAUGAGAAUUUUGGAAGAUUUUAUCCAUCUCAUUGGCGAGGCGCAAAAGCCUUUUCAGAGUUUUCUGGUGGUGACCAACAAUCUUAUGAUAACCAUCCAGCGAGAGCCUGUGUCAGCAGUUUCUAGUGAUAUAAACUUCCCCAUGAAAGGCCGGAGGGGGAUGAAGGACUGGGCCAGAACAGCAGAAGACAAGCUCUAUAUCCCUAAGGAAGUCUUCACCAUCCCAAAUGAAGAGUCUGAGACCGAUUCAGAGUCCACAAUGUACUAUGUCAUUGGAGCCAUCUUGUACAGGACGUUGGGGAUCAUUUUACCACCGCCAAACCAACCUGCAGUGAUCAACUCCAAGAUCCUGACUGUGACAGUACGACCAGAGCUGCAACCCAGUGAUCCAGUAGUGGUGGUGGAGCUUGCAACACUUUUUAAUGGUACAUCAGACCCUCAGUGCGUCGUGUGGGACUAUGGCAACCCGGAAGCUGGCGCUGAAAACUGGGGCACACAAGGCUGCCAAACGCUCGCAUCAACCACUGUCCAAACCAAAUGCAUGUGCAGCAGGAUAUCCACCUACGCUGUGCUAGCGCAGCAAGCUAAAGAGCCGGAAAUGGGUCCCACCAGCAUGCCCUCAGUGCCCCUCAUGGUGGGCUGUGGGGUCUCCUGUACCGCUCUGCUCAUCCUGCUUCUUAUCUAUGCUGCCUUCUGGAGGUAUAUCCGCUCGGAGAGGUCCAUCAUCUUGGUGAACUUCUGCCUCUCCAUCCUGGCCUCCAAUUUACUGAUUUUGGUGGGACAAUCACAAACACUCAGCAAGGGCCUCUGUACCGUGACCGCUGCCUUUCUCCAUUUCUUCUUCUUGGCCUCUUUCUGCUGGGUGCUGACGGAGGCUUGGCAGUCCUACCUGGCGGUCAUCGGGAAAGUGAGGUCACGACUCAUUCGCAAGCGCUUUCUGUGCCUCGGCUGGGGUCUUCCAGCCUUAGUUGUAGCAGUGUCAGUCGGGUUCACCAGAGCAAGAGGUUACGGCACAGCCAGCUACUGCUGGUUAUCCCUGGAGGGAGGUUUGCUUUAUGCCUUUGUUGGACCUGCUGCCGUCAUUGUAUUGGUGAAUAUGCUCAUUGGAAUCGUGGUCUUUAACAAGCUCAUGUCUCGAGACGGCAUCUCAGACAAGUCAAAGAAGCAGCGAGCAGGUGUCCCGGUGGAGGCGCGUAGCCGACUGCUCCUGAAAUGCUCCAAGUGCGGCGUGAUCUCGAGCACCGCUCUGUCCAGCUCUACUGCCAGCAGCGCCAUGGCGUCUCUAUGGAGCUCCUGUGUGGUUCUUCCUCUGCUGGCCCUCACCUGGAUGUCAGCAGUGUUGGCCAUAACUGACCGCCGCUCAACACUUUUCCAGGUCCUCUUUGCCGUUUUUGACUCUGUACAAGGUUUUGUCAUCAUCACCGUCCACUGUGCAAUGCGGCGAGAGGUGCAGGAUGCAAUGCGCUGUCGAAUGGGGGGGUGUAAAGAUGACAGCGAAAACUCCCCAGACUCCUGCAAGAACGGACAGGUGCAGAUCAUGACCGAUUUUGAGAAGGAUGUGGACUUGGCAUGCCAAACAGAGAGAGGACACCCAUUCAUUUUCAAGGAGGUGAACACGUGUAACCCAGCUACCAUCACCGGCACCUUGUCCCGGAUAUCCCUGGAUGACGACGAUGACCCUAAACUUACUGCCCAUCAGGACGGGGGAGUGAGCUUCAACUCCCUUCCUGGGAACAUCCCACCUCCCAAUCUUAUUGUGCAGGUUCCACCCCUCGGAGGUCUCAAUGAGCUGAGCGAGACGAAGAAGGAGGUGAACGUGGACCAGCAGAGACAGCAGCAACGUUGUGGUGCCCCAAUCUAUCUGUGCACCGAGAGUGGCCUCGGGUGGGCUCGGCCACCAGCAUCCUCCAACACUUCCCAGGAUGGAAGCGCCGGGAGUGGGGGCAGUGGUGGUGGAGGAGGCAGCGGAGGAGAGGGGGACUACAUGGUCUUACCUCGAAGGACAGUCAGCAUCAAGCCUCCAACGCCGUCCUCCCAAGGAGGCGGCCUGGGAAUGGGAGGUGAGGACAAGCCUCUCAACAUCACAGUGGAGGACCCCCCUUUCCCGCCUCCACCCUCUCCGUUGACCCUCCAUCCCGCCGAGAGCGAGGCCUACCCAGCGGAUUUUGUGCCGUCCAGCGUGGGUGACAUGAACAUCAGCAUGAACCUCAACCGCUCAUACGGGACAAUCAAAACGCUGCCCCACGGGCACAGCCACAGCCACAUGAUGGCUCCUGGUGGACUCGUGCGCUCCCACGGGGCUCACAUGCACCCUCACGGGCAUUCACUCCAGCUGAAGCCGGGACAGAGGCCGUCAGUGAGACAGAUUCUCACGGGGGGAAGCACAGUUGAGAGAACCAGAACCCUGCCGCGCAACCUGGGCAGCAACAAUGCCAACGCUAACCUUUCUGCAGGAUCCUUGGAGAGGAAAAGAGUACGGUACUCUGAGCUGGACUUUGAGAAAGUGAUGCACACUCGCAAAAGACACUCUGAGCUGUACCAUGAGCUCAACCACUCUUCCAAGUUCCACACCAUAGACAGGUAUAGCAGGGACCCAGCCAUGUCCACAGUCAAGAGGGAAAAGCGAUGGAGCAUUUCGUCUGCUGGAGGUGAAAAGAACUCAUCCAGUGAUAAGUCAACCCCGGACGACCAAACAUCGUGGGACAGCUUCAAGACCAUGACCCCUGAGCUGUCCAUCGUGCCGGGGGAGCAGAAAGACCGCAUGGAGCUGCACAAUAAGAACUGGGACUCAUCCUCUGCAAACACACCAGACUCAUCUGAGGGUGACUUCCAGACUGAAGUGUGAAAUGAAACACCCCCCAUGUACACACACAUAUACGUAUAAAGACACCGGACUUCUGCAGAGAUUUACUUUACUUCACACACUUGAAAAGAGCUUACACACAUGCACACAACAUGACCUGUCGGAAACCCCCCAGGCUCACUUUGUUUACUGCUGCUGUGGACAGACAUGAAGAGAACACUGUUCUAAACUAUAUUUUCACAGAGACUAUUCAAAAGAAAGAACAGAAACUUGACACGUCUGUGACUGAUGGAGACCAUUUUUAAGUCAAUGAAGAAACUUAUGUAUUUCCGAGAAAAUGUUUAUUGCGGACUACAAAAAAUUACAAAAAAAAAAAAGUUUGAUGAUUUGCAGAGGUGAGGGGGGAAAAAAACAAAAGAGACUUUCUGCACCAGUCUUUUUAUAGCAAGGGGAGGGGGGCGGAAAUGUCACACUGUUUGCCACCCCCUCUAAGCACUUUGCUUUCAUUUAUUCCCUCGACCCCUCUAAUGGAUGAUACAUUGAACUUCUCAGUGUUUUCUCUUUUUUUUCUUAUGUUUCUAUUACGUGUCGUCUUUCUUUUUUUUUUAAUCAUUUGGUUGGGUUGGAGGGGGGGGGGCGAUGGGGGCUGGGGAAUAAGCUGCUCACUAAUAUGUGCCAUCCUCUUAUUCAGGUUCCAGUUCAAAAAUUUCCCAUCUAGACACCCCCUCACACAUCCGCAGUGUUUAACAUUGUAUUCCACAUUUUGUGUAUUUUCUAUGGCUUAAUUAAAAAAAAAAAGUCCUCCCAUAUGGUUUGAAACUUUUAAUGAAAAAUGAUUGAAACAAACCACCAAGCGAGUUGUGUUCUGUGGUCGAACCGUUCGGGCGGAAUUAAGCUAUUUUUCACACGCAUUUGCUACUUUUCAUUAUUAUUUUUUGUAGUUUCAUUUCCUGUGAGAAUUAACCCAUGUGGAACUCCCUGAGAAAAAAAAAUGUAAUUUAGGACACAUACUGCAGAUUAAUACGAGCUUGCUGGCUCAGAUAAUACAUGUCUCACAUGCCAUCCAUCCAUUAGGAAAAAGCAAGGAUUAUAAUAGUUCCCACCCCCUUUUUUCUUGAACAUAAAAGCUUCUUCACAUCUGUAUCUGAAUGUGCAUCAGCCUAAUGGAGUAUGUAAAGGCAAACGUAUGAUCCCUUUAUUGUCUAUAGUACUUUUACCUCCACUAUGGAAGUUCUCAUUUGCAUUUUCUUAUUCAGUUUCUUAGAACUACCCAACAACUUCAUGGUUCAUGGCCAAAGGAACAAUACAACUUUUGUUACUUGGCAAGAUUUGACUUGACUGUUAGUGACAUUGUUAAUAUGAGGUACAGUUUGUUUCCAUGUAUGAACCAGUACAAAAAUCUCUGAUUCUUCACAUUUCCUGGUCAAACACAGGGCAGAAACCUACGAUGAGACUGCCGCAUGCAUCUCAUCUCAGUUUAGUGCAUAAGCCCAGCCCAUUAUCUGAGUGCCCUCAGGGAUUCCACUGAGAUGGAACUUGGUGCCUGCCAGUGUCUAUUUGUCAGUAUGUCGCCAAUGAAAUAACAUUGCAGAAACAUUUCUUAUACAUCAUGACUUUCUACAGCCCAUGUCAUAUCUUCAGUGUUGAAUGUAAGUGUGUGUGAGCGGAAUGGUGCUUGUCACUGCCGUUUUUCCAUAGAGAGGAAAUAGAAGCUAGCAUUUUUUUGUCAGCACCAGCUCCAGCUGGAGAGGAGAAAUGCAUUAAAGAUAUUUUUUAUGCUCUGCUGAAUGAAUGACUUUGACUACCAAGAUGGAGGAUUAUACGUAUAUCCAGGCUCAUUCGAAGGUGAUCGGACUUUUACAACAAAGGAUCAGAACCUUUCGUGGAGAAGGUCAGGGCGCAUGCACUUUAUAUACAGAUAAAAGGUAAGACCACAAAUGUUUUUUCAGUUAAUAAAAAUGAAUGAAUGUGACUAAGAAGUACUUGAAAACACUAUUUGAUAAAAGUCGAUGAACCGUUGAAGCCAUGUUUUGACCUUUUUUCCAGUUCACCAGUCUGUAUAAACUGUCACAGAACAGGGAUUUGGACACAUUUGGACCCAAUUCCACCUUCGGGGGAAGUAGCAGAGCCAAUAUAACUCCUGUGUGAAAGGGACUGCCGGGUCACUCACUUUUCCAGCCCUGUUGUGCUGAAAGUAAGUAGCAUCAAUGCCUGAACUGUACCGAUGUUCAGUCAUGGGCUUCUAGAAUUAUCAUCACUUUUAAGUGAUAAGUGUUAAGUGCUAUUCUAAUCUUCUUGUUCCUACAUUAGCAUGGACUCUAUCCUGAAACACCCUUUGUUGCAUAUUUUUAUUUUCCCUCAGCCCAGUGUCAAGCUAAUGCACAAUGCAUGAAAUCUUAAUGUGCACUCUCAGGCCAUGUAAUUUCUCCUUCCACGUGUAUCUACAGUAUAUGAUCCCAACUUCUAUAAUGGCCUCGCGAAGGAAGGGAGCAGCAUGGGUUUUCAGGCUGCAAGGUGAAGGUGAAGCAAAAGGUACACGUGAGACUCCCUGCUUGACAUUCAGCACUCAUACUUGGGUCGAUACAAGGGGGUGACUUGUUUCCUGCUGUUGCUACAUGAGCACGUUGGUCCUCCACACACGGACAGAGAGGA